UUAAAUCACAGUCCUUUCUCUGAUGCGUUUAAAUAGGGUUUAAGAACACGCGAAAAAAGGCAUCAAUCGACAUAAAGUAUAUCAAUGUUCAAUACACAUACAUACUCACUCACAACUCACUGCUUCUGAAACUUCUCCUCACUCUCAUUUGCAACCUGAGGAAAAUACACUUUCUUCUGCUGGUGAAUUGUAUCUGAGGAUUCUUGUUGGUGCCUUGCAAAGAUGGCAAACUUAACGUUAACUGGGAUACUUGAGAAGAUGACAGGAAAGGACAAAGAUUACAGAUAUAUGGCAACUUCUGAUUUACUUAAUGAAUUAAAUAAAGAGGGAUUUAAACUCGAUGUUGAUCUUGAAGCAAAAUUGUCGAACAUUGUCAUUCAGCAGCUUGAUGAUGCCGCAGGCGAUGUUUCUGGAUUAGCUGUGAAAUGUCUUGCUCCAUUGGUGAAGAAAAUUCACGAGCAGCAGGUUCUUGAAAUGACUAACAAGCUUUGUGAUAAAUUGCUGAAUGGGAAAGAGCAAAAUCGUGACAUCGCCAGCAUUGCUUUGAAGACAAUUGUUGCUGAAGUUCCUACGUUGUCUGUUGCAAAAUCUGUUCUUGUCUCCAUUUCCCCAAAGUUGAUACGUGGAAUAACUUUGCAGGGGAUGAGCACAGAAAUCAAGUGCGAAUGCCUUGAUAUUCUGUGUGAUGUUCUUCACAAAUAUGGUAAUCUAAUGGCAUCAGAUCAUGAGGUAUUGCUAGGUUCAUUGUUGCCCCAGUUGAAUACUAAUCAAGCCAGUGUCAGAAAGAAGGCUGUUUCAUGCAUUGCAUCUCUCGCUUCAAGCUUGUCAGAUGAUUUGCUGGCAAAGGCUACAGUUGAAGUUGUUCAGCUUUUGAAAACUAAAUCAACAAAAUCUGAAAUUACACGCACAAACAUCCAGAUGAUUGGGGCUUUAAGCCGCGCUGUUGGUUAUCGCUUUGGUCCUCACCUUGGAGAUACAGUUCCAAUUUUAAUCAACUACUGUAAUAAUGCAUCAGAGAAUGACGAGGAGCUUCGUGAGUAUAGCUUACAGGCGUUAGAGAGCUUUUUGCUGAGGUGUCCCAGAGAUAUCUCUUCCUACUGUGAUCAAAUUUUACAUCUUACUUUGGAAUUUCUUAGUCAUGAUCCAAAUUUCACUGAUAAUAUGGAGGAAGACACAGAUAAUGAGAGUUAUGCAGAAGAGGAAGAUGAUGAGAGUGCUAAUGAAUACACAGAUGACGAAGAUGUCAGCUGGAAAGUCCGAAGAGCUGCUGCUAAAUGCUUAGCCGCAUUAAUUGUUUCUCGCCCUGAGAUGCUCUCAAGACUAUACAAUGAGUAGAGUAUGCUGGUGAUUGAUAGGUUUAAAGAAAGGGAAGAGAACGUCAAGAUGGAUGUCUUUAAUACAUUCAUUGAAUUAUUGAGACAAACAGGGAAUGUUACAAAAGGGCAGACUGAUUUUGAUGAAUCAAGUCCCAGAUACCUAUUGAAGCAAGAGGUGCCAAAGAUCGUUAGAUCGGUAAAUAAACAGCUACGUGAAAAAUCUAUCAAGACAAAGGUUGGAGCCUUCUCAGUUUUGAAAGAGCUGGUAGUUGUGCUGCCUGAUUGCCUAGCAGACCACAUUGGAUCCCUUACUCCUGGAAUUGAAAAAGCACUCUGUGAUAAAUCCUCUACCUCAAAUCUAAAGAUUGAAGCUCUUGUUUUUACGAGAUUAGUGUUAGCCUCGCAUGCUCCUUCUGUUUUUCAUCCCUACAUCAAGGCGAUUUCUGCUCCAAUUAUAUCUGCAGUUGGUGAACGGUAUUACAAAGUUACAGCUGAGGCAUUAAGAGUAUGUGGAGAACUUGUCCGUGUUGUGCGGCCAAAUAUUGAGGAUUUUGGCUUUGAUUUCAAACCUUUUGUCCAUCCUAUAUACACUGCUAUCAUGUCGCGCUUGACAAACCAAGAUCAAGACCAGGAAGUGAAAGAAUGUGCCAUCUCUUGCAUGGGACUUGUGGUUUCUACAUUUGGUGAUCAUCUUGGGGCGGAACUACCCACAUGCCUUCCCGUGCUGGUGGACCGAAUGGGAAAUGAAAUAACUCGACUUACAGCCGUGAAGGCUUUUGCUGUCAUUGCUGCUUCUCCUCUGCACCUUGACCUAUCUUGUGUUUUGGAGCAUGUAAUUUCAGAGUUGACGGCAUUCGUACGGAAGGCCAAUCGUGCUCUAAGACAAGCUACCCUGGGGACUCUCAACACACUAAUUGUCAGCUAUGGUGAUAAAAUUGGUUCAGCUGCUUAUGAAGUUAUUGUUGUUGAACUUUCAACUCUGAUAAGUGAUUCAGACUUGCAUAUGGCUGCUCUAGCUCUGGAAUUAUGCUGUACAUUAAUGGCCGACAGCAGAUCUGGUCCAAAUGUUGGUUUGACUGUCAGAAACAAAGUUCUGCCGCAAGCACUGACUCUGAUUCGAAGCUCACUGCUCCAGGGACAAGCCCUUCUGGCACUGCAGAACUUCUUUGGUGCCCUGGUUUACUCAGCAAAUACAAGCUUUGAUGUACUGCUGGACUCUCUUCUUUCAACGGCAAAACCAUCUUCCCAGGCUGGAGCUGUUGCAAAACAGGCCUUAUUUUCCAUUGCUCAAUGCGUAGCAGUUCUCUGUCUUGCUGCAGGCGAUCAGAAAUGUUCCUCCACUGUAAAUAUGCUUACGGAUAUCCUGAAAGCUGAUAGCAGCACCAAUUCGGCCAAACAACAUCUAUCCUUGCUGUGCUUGGGGGAGAUAGGCAGGAGAAAGGAUCUAAGUUCUCAUGACCAUAUCGAGAAUAUUGUUAUCGAGUCCUUCCAAUCACCUUUCGAAGAAAUAAAGUCUGCUGCAUCUUAUGCACUAGGAAAUAUUGCUGUUGGCAAUCUGCCCAAGUAUUUACCUUUUAUCUUGGAUAAAAUUGAUAAUCAGCAGAAGAAGCAAUAUCUCUUGCUCCAUUCUCUGAAGGAGGUCAUUGUAAGACAAUCUGUGGAUAAAGCAGAGUUUGACGAUUCUAGUGUUGAGAAGAUCACUCAUUUGCUCUUUAACCACUGUGAGAGUGAAGAAGAGGGUGUUCGUAAUGUGGUAGCUGAAUGUCUGGGGAAAAUUGCGCUUAUUGAACCUGGAAAACUUGUUCCUGCCCUAAAGGAACGGACUUCCAACCCAGCUGCAUUCACUCGAGCAACAGUUGUAAUUGCGGUGAAAUAUUCUAUAGUUGAGCGGCAGGAGAAAAUAGAUGAGAUUUUGUACCCAGAAAUUUCAUCUUUCUUGAUGCUUAUCAAGGAUAAUGACCGGCAUGUGAGGCGUGCAGCUGUAUUGGCCUUGAGUACUGCAGCUCAUAAUAAGCCAAACUUGAUAAAGGGCCUGCUUCCGGAACUAUUGCCACUGCUUUACGAUCAAACAGUGAUAAAGAAAGAAUUGAUCAGGACAGUGGAUCUUGGUCCUUUCAAGCACACAGUAGAUGAUGGGCUUGAAUUGAGGAAAGCUGCUUUUGAAUGUGUGGACACUUUGUUGGACAGUUGUCUGGAUCAAGUGAAUCCUUCUUCUUUUAUUGUUCCGUACCUUUUAUCUGGUUUAGAUGAUCAUUAUGAUGUCAAAAUGCCUUGUCAUCUUAUCCUUUCAAAGUUGGCCGACAAGUGCCCAUCUGCUGUGUUGGCAGUAUUGGAUUCCUUGGUGGAUCCUCUCCAGAAAACUAUCAACUUUAGGCCCAAGCAGGAUGCUGUCAAGCAAGAGGUUGACCGUAAUGAAGACAUGAUCCGAAGUGCCCUCCGGGCAAUUGCAUCCUUGAAUCGCAUAAGCGGAGGAGACUGUAGUCAUAAGUUUAAGAAUCUCAUGAAUGAAAUUGCCAAGUCAGCAAGACUCUCAGAGAAAUACUCUUCCAUUCGGAAUGAAUAAAUUUGUUCCACUCAAUGCUUCCAGUUGAUGCUGCAGACUUCAGAAGCAUGUAUUUGACUUUCCCUUGACCCGUAAUCUUUUACCGAUGAAGAACAUUAUACAGGUCCACGGAAAAGGGGUUAAUUUACUGAACAUACCAUGCCGGGCUAUUGCAUCUACAGUGAGUAAACUAAGCUAUCCUGUUGGGGGAACUGGGCAUGUGACUGCCCUGUACAGCAUAGUCCUAGCUUUUCCAUUUGGCCAGUCGAGCUUCUGUCCUGGUCGGACUUCCAAAAUAUACUGGCCUCUCUCUUUUGUUAAUUCGGUUGACCAUUGCUGUGUAAAUUGGAGAUUCAUGCAAUUUUCGAUUGAAUUCGACUAAUGUUGUUUAAGGCUCUCCUUUAGAUGCUAUGUAUUGCUAAGUUUGGUGGGUGCUGCUGCUGCACCCAUGGCGUUUUAUGUUUUGGAUCAUUAGAACUGGGUAUGGAUUUGAAAGGAAACCUGGAAAAGUUUGGGAGACACUUUGAGGAAGUGCAAUUAAUGUAGUCACUCCUGUUUGCCCUUAAAUGUUUCAAUAGACAUGGACUCUUCUGAGGUAA